UUCGUACUUGAAGAGCAAGUUGCGCUUCAUGAAGAAUCGGCAGUACAGCCUGUUGAAAGGGAUGGUAGCGAUGAACUGCCAGCCAUGACGCAAUGAGAGCGCCCUGCUUGGCUGAAGUGCUCGUCUUUUGCCUGGCCAACUCAAAGCGAUGCGUCGGUGAGCAGACGAUACAGACCGACGAGACAAUAGACCGGACUCGCUGACAGCAGCUCUUGCGGCAUGCUCGGCUACCUUGCGGUGUCUACGGCACAGUCGCGGUCUCUAUCGACACUGGCCGAGGCGUUCCAUGCGAUGUCCAGUGUAGAUGACCUAUCGGCUAUCCUUGUGGACCGCUUGAAGCAACAGCAUGGCAAGCGGCUGCUCGUAGGUAUAGCAGGCGUCCCUGCUUCCGGCAAAUCGACGCUCGCACUCGCUGUGGUCAAUAAGAUCAAUGCGAUCCACAACAGCGGGACUGCCGUCCUCGUCGGCCUAGAUGGCUGGCACUACACGAGGGCGAUGCUCGACACGUUUGACGACCCCAAGAAUGCUCAUGACCGUCGGGGUGCCUCCUGGACGUUCGAUGCCGCGAGUUUUGUCUCCUUCGUCGAGACGCUUAGAUCGCACGAUGCAGAUUCUCCGGAUGAGUCCGCCAGAGUGAUCAUGCAAGCGCCAUCUUUCUCACACGAGCUCAAAGAUCCCAAGCCAGACGAUAUUGACAUCCUGUCACAACAUCGUAUCGUCAUCUUUGAGGGUCUUUACUGCUUGCUCGACUUGGAGCCAUGGCGGCAAGCAGCACACUGCCUUGACGAGAGGAUAGCGCUGUCCAUCGACCCCGGGUUGGCAAAAGCGCGUCUCAUCAACCGACACGUUCUCACUGGCGUUGCAAAGGACAACGACGAGGCUGUGUGGCGAGCAGAAUCGAGCGACAUCCCCAAUGCAAUAUUCGACUCGUCACUCGAUCUGAGCAUGACGACGACAACGAGCAGGACGAGGUCGCCCAACUCGCCGGGCGGCCUAUCACCUGCGUCUCCCAGAUCACCGAGCAGGUCGAAGAGAGACCAAUUCGAGCGAGAUGGAUCACUCGCCACCUACUUUUCAGCCCCAUCGCCCAGAAUCGCUGAAAAGAAUGGCUUCUUCGGCGUCAUAAGUCCAAGUGGCAACACAGUGACCGCGAAGCCAACAAGCCCAUUGGCGAGGAAUACUGCGAAUCCCAUGGAUGUCUUCGGUCUGCCCACCAGCAGGGGCCCAAGCAUGAUGCCUUCGCGCUCGGUCUCUACGCAGAACUCUGUCAAUUCGACUGCAGGCGCGCCUUCUGGUAUCGCUGAUGAUUCAAGCCCGUCUGCGCAGCACUCUGCCUUUGCAGCAGCAAUCAUGGCCAGUAAGGGCUUCGCGCUGCCGCCUGCUAGCAACAUGACGCCGCGUGGACCUCUCACAGGCGCAGGAAAAGAGUUCAAUUGGUCAUCUUCUCGCAUGCCAGCGCCAAGCAUGAGGCAGAGUGUCUCUUCUUCCGGCAGGACCUCUGUCACAAGCAGUCGUGAACACGAACGGCCGCCUUUCUUCAGCCAGAGCUCGACAUCCACCGUCACUGCCUCUCCACAAGACCAUGCGCAACCUACAGAGAUUCCUAAUGCGUAUGCACCCGUCAGAUCAGAUUCGCCUUUCGAGCUGCUGUCUAGCUUGUCGCCUUCGCCUGUCCCGAGUACUAGCAGUAGCUCGACUGGUCGCAGUUCGGGUUCUUCCUUCUCGCAGCUAUCACUGGGCGCCAGAGGCAAAGACAGAAAGACAUUGUCGCCCAGCUCGUCUGUAUCGUCAGCUCUAUCGGUCUCGUCGCAUUCGGCUGGCAUGCCCAGCAAACGCGCGCCCGUCUCGCGACCGGGAACAGCCCUGUCACCCUCAGCGAGGAUGCAGACUGUCGCCAGUCGUGAUCUGCCUGCCCUGCUCGAAUCUGAUGAUGUACUCCUGCUCGAUCUGCGGUCCAGGACUGCUUUCUCUUCCCCGGCAGGCAGGAUAAAGGGAUCCAUCAAUAUCUGCGUGCCUACGACCUUGCUACGUCGACCGAUCUACGAUGUCAAUAGAGUAGCAGAGACGAUCGUUUCAAAGACUGCUAAACAACGCUUUCUCGCGUUUGUUGCGCAGAAGCAAGGCAAGGUUGUCUGCUACGACCAGGACUUACAAGAUUCCACCGUUAUCAGCAUCUUGUCAAAGUUCGAACGCCACGGCUUUGCCGGCGAACUCAGAUAUGUCGAGGGAGGCUGGUCAGCUAUGCAAGAGGCAGCGUUCAAGACCGGCGCGGGGAGAGAUUUGUCGGCUUGCUUCGAACUUGGCACCCUAGAGGAAGACAGCGACAUGUCACCUGCGGCAGAAGAUCCUGAUAGUACUAUGAAAUCAUCGCCUGUGAUUCGAUGUCACGCGCUGCCGAGUUCUGCGUUUGAGUCUACGUCUACAGCGUCCUAUCAGCAUGGCGCUCAAACUGCAGGCACAGCUCAGGAUAGCCAGCAGUCUGGCGCGAGAUCUGCCGCCGACGGCCAGCGAACAGGCCGCAAGCAGACUUGCAAUCCCUUCUUUGACAAUAUCAGGCAGAAUGCAGAGAGUCUGUCGCUCGAGCGUUCGCUGGCACAUCUGAAUCCGGUCGAGCUGCCAGCAGCUUAUGUAACGCCUGCAGUCACAACACAUCUGCCGCCAUUCCUGUCGAACCUCGUGCAGCUUUCACCGACUGCACGAGCACGGAAGCUCGCGACAGAAUUUUUCGAGAUCGAGCAAGCCGAGCAGCGACGUCUACAGGCCGUCAUGGAUUGGCAUGCCAGCACGAGCGGCCUUCGACCGGUCAGCGACGAGAGCUCGUCUGAGGCCGAAGAGUCACAUCCCCUCAGUAUAGCUGCCGGCGUCGAGAAAGGCCAUCUCAACCGAUACAAGAACAUAUUUCCUUAUGAUCAUGCACGAGUUCGCCUUGCGGGGGGCAAGACGCGCGAUUGCGAUUAUAUCAACGCGUCUCACGUGCGCCUGCGAGCUUCGACAAAGUCUUACAUCGCAACGCAAGGACCGCUCGACAGCACCUUUGCACACUUCUGGCAACUCGUCUGGCAAGAGAAGGUCAGCGUCAUCGUCAUGCUCACGCAUCUCGUCGAAGCCGGCAGAGCCAAGUGCGGGAAUUACUUCAAAUCUGGACAGUAUGACGACAUUCUCGUCGAUAUAGUUGAGCAAUCCUGUCCAGAUCCUCUUGUCGCCAAGACGGGCGACAGUUUCUUCGGCUCGCUCGCAGUUGACAAGGAAGCCGGCACCUCCGAAGAUGUAACGAUUCGACGCAAGAUCGCACUUAGAAACGUCAAUGAUCCGCCUGGCACGCCACCCCGGUAUCUUCGACAUAUCCAGUAUAUUGCUUGGCCAGAUUUCGAUGUGCCGCCCGAAGCGAGAGAGCUGGUCGAGCUCGUCAAGGAAGUGAACGCGGCAGAGGAAGCAGUGCUGCGCGAGAACGGCAUUGACGAAAGUGAUGAGCGUCCGCCCGUUCUUGCACAUUGCUCUGCUGGUGUCGGCCGAACCGGCACUUAUAUCGUUGUCGAUGCUUUGCUCGACUUGAUGCGUCGUGAGCGACAAGGCUCGAACCCGAUGCUCUCGCCCAGCAAGAUGGAUAUCGAUCUUCCGCAGAUGGGAACCGGACAAUCUCAGCUCAUGGCCAGACGAGCCAGUCAGCGGAGUAGUCAGGGCUUUGUACCAGCAGUAGCCGCCCUUUCGCUCGACUCGCCAUCGCGGCAGACACCGCCGCUCUGUCGAUCGGAUCCGAUACGAGCAGCUGUCGACGAGCUGCGACUACAGCGCAUGUCUAUGAUUGCCAAUAGCGGGCAAUUCGUCUUUGCCUAUCUAUCAGUAUUGGAAGGACUCGUGAGCGAAUUGCGACAAGAAGGUCGUUUAUCGCUACCGAGCCAGUAG